AUGGGUAUUCCACUGUUUUGCGAGUCCUCCGCAGAUGCUCCGAAGAACAAUGCUGUCAAAGACCCAUGUGCCGCUGCGCGCUCCGCAAUUCGUCGCCAGGCUACUAUUCGUCGUCCCUCGCGCUAUGGCGGCUCCGCGUUGCGCAGCGCAACUCUCCGGUCGCCUUUCCCUCGUCCGCUAGCAGAUGAGAUUGAGCGUGAGGCGAAUGGUCUUCAGCGUCAUGUGCGAUCUCCGCUUUCGAAUUCUAGCAGCGCCGACGACCCGUUCGACCUGGCCCGCGGCCUCCUGGAUUCCGAUAGACGCGAAGCCGGCCAGCGACUGCUGAGCGAUGCGCUCCGUCAUGGGCGGCCUGGUCAGCGAUUGAGGAUACCGCGCAGCUCGGCCCUGCCCGAUCUAUACAACCGUCCAUCGCCGGGUGAUGACACGACAAACAGGCUUGACCAGACUCAUCCCCAGUUAACACCGCGUUUUGCUCCUGCGAUUGCAUACCAUAGGACUGCGUCUCCACAAGCGCGCCCAGAAGCUGCUCGGCUAUCUCCAUACCUUCGACCAGAUGGCCUUGGAGGUGAUCUUUCGAUCUCAGCGGGCUUCCCUACACUGCGACGUGUCGGUGAACGAUCGAUCAAUGAGGCGAAUCGUCCCAACCGCGAGUCGGCUAUUGAUGGACUUGGCGACCGACAGAGAAGCCUGAGUCCAGAUGACGACCAUGCUAACGAUGCAUGGGAGACUCUCCUUACUACGAUCACGCCGGAUACCAAUCUUCCGAGUGCCGAUUCGUCCUUCACUUCCGCAUCUGCAUCUGGAACGAAUGCGUCGACAAUCGGGACUUCCAGAAGUUCGGCAACCUCGCUGCAGAGUCUGCCGAACCCUAUGGACUCGAGCACGGGCACUGUACAGAUGGUCCUAGAUCCAUACCCUGAGUUUCUAAACCCCUGUGACUAUUCAAGCUCCAGUGAUUCCGACAGCGACUCCGAAACCGGGAUCUCUGGAAACGCAUUGUUCCGUCGCUACCGUCGUGUUCGCCAGAUGGAGUCGCUGAGACGGGCUCAGCAUCUCCAGUCAACCAUGAGCAACCACCCUCCUAUCCCUACCAUCUCCUUUGCAUUUUCCGAUUCUUCUUCUACCUCUACCGAUCCAGACCUGCAGCAGAUGCAAGCCAUCUUAGAUCGACUUGCGCGUCGCGAGGAUAUCCCAGAAGAAUGGUGGGCGGCAGCUGGACUGUCCCGCACCCUUGGCCGCCGGCUCGGCGCGAACGAUGACACUAACGACACUGAUAGCGUGGAUGGACCGCUCAGGUCGAGGUGA